AUGAAUCAAAAGCAAAUUGAGAAAGCAAUUUCAAUGAUGCUUCUUGACAAGAAAUUCUUCGGUAAGUUCCGGUUCCCUCCAGGUGUGAUUGAUCAGCAUAAGGGCACUGUUCACGUCUAUCAAACACCUCACAAAGACAAGACGUACCAAAAAUCUGUAGAACUAAUUAGAGCCCUAUCCAAGACUGUGGAUGCCAUAUACAGCAAAGCUGGCACGCUUCUUAAGUAA